GCUCCGCUCAUCGCCGAUGCCCUUCUUAGAGGCAGCCGAGGGAAGAGGCGGAGCCAGGUCUGGGAGGGGAGGAGGAAAAGUAUGACGUACGUUGGAAAACGGGGGUGGGGGAACAGGAAUUCAUCUUGCGCGUGCGCAGAAGGAGUUGCCCCGCGGCACGACGCUCAUACACCCCUGACUCAGCCAGGGAGCGGCGGGUACGGAAGGGCGGGCUCGAGUCGGGCCGCGCGUGCGCACUUAGGAGCGGCUUGCCUGACGCCGCGCUCCUAAGCCCCGCCUUUCCCUCGCGGCCUGGAGCCCAAGAUGGCGGAAUACGACUUGACGACGCGCAUCGCGCACUUCUUGGACCGGCACUUGGUGUUCCCGCUCCUCGAGUUCCUCUCAGUCAAAGAGGUGAGCUUCCUCGAGUCGCGGGGAUACUGGGGCCCGUGAGGGGGUGAGCCGGGCAGCGUCUCCGGGAGCCUCCGUCGCUUCCCUUUGCCCGCCUCAGGCCAGGCCGAGGCCCAGGAGGCCUCUCCGCGCUGGUCGGGUUUCCGCGGCUCGCCCGGUCAGAACAGCAUCUUCGGCGGAAGGGCGCUGAGCCAAGGGAGGGCGGGGUUAAAAUAAAACGAAUAAAACAAAAUAAAAGCCCUUUGACUGAAGGAAGGGAAGGACGCGCAGGCUUGGCUACAGAACAAGAAGGGCUCUCUGUGCAUGUGCAGAGUGCACGGCCCUUCUCUCUCAUUCUAACCCAAACCCAACUGCUCUUCCGUUUUGGCAUCGAAGCCUUUUCUUCUUCACGUGCCCCUUGAAUACAUGCGACUUCUGCGGAAGCGCGCCUAGGAAGGCCAUGCCAGAUGUGCUUGAAAAUUGGGGAGCAUCCAUCGUGCGUACUAGGCUGCCUUACGAAGAGAGACUGAAUGCUGGGGUGAAGCUCCUAAGCAAGGGCAUGCGCACACUACAGGCCCCCCCCCCCGUGUAUUGCAAGACAGACAGGCGCGUGUACACACAAACAUACGUGUAGAAGUCACUUCCUCCCAGAUUCCCAUUCUACUUAAAUUAAGCAAGGUACCUGAUGCCUUAAAGAUGAACGCAUUUAUUAAUGUGGAUGAGAGUCCAGUCACAAUUAUCCCCUUUCUAGGGGCAGGGAGUGGAGAAGGUCAUGGCAUUUUGGAUGACUUGGAUCAUUAGCCACAUUGCAGUCUUGGUUCAGAUCAGACUGUGGGCCUUGGUUGUCCUGAAGGAUUAACUUUAAGAGUGAGGCAGGGGAAGUCCUUCUGCCUUUUUGAUUUCCCUGUAGCUUUUCCUCUUGGACUGUGGUAUUGGGAACAAGGGGUUCUGCUUUGCAGUGGUUCUGGUCCCAAAGUAUUGUUGGGAGUGUGAUUCUUGGUUCCCUGGUAGCUAUACAUUGUAUUCUCAGUAAUAUUUAAUAUCUAUAUGAAGCUGUUGGGAGCAGGGCAUUUGGUGCAAGAUGUCUUCAAUAUGCUGAUAUAACACCUCGUAUUUUUUCAUAACAUCUGAAUCAGGAAAGGCUGUGUGGGACCUGGACAGGUGAUGGGAAGAGAGAAAAAAUAUAUGGAGCUUGAAUCCCUGUAGCAGGUGCUGUGAACCAGCGGCUCCUGUGUCAAGAGAAAUUGGUCAGUUGCAUGCCCUAUUGCCUUUCCCCUGAAGGAGCAGGUGUACAGUGUGGGGGUGCUUCUAGUUCCAGUCACUGGAAGCCCAGGUAGCUUGGGUUAGGAGUGCAUUUUAUCAGCUUUGUCUAGCACAACAGAUGUAGUGAUUUGGACUGGGAUAGUCUGAGUACAGUAGGCAUUGGUCAAGAUUACAGUGGUGCCCCGCAAGACGAAUGCCUCGCAAGACGGAAAAACCGCUAGACGAAAGGGUUUUCCGUUUUGAAGUUGCUUCGCAGGACGAAUUCCCCUAUGGGCUUGCUUCGCAAGACGAAAAUACCUUGCGAGUCUUGAUAUUUUUUUUUCGCUUUCCCCCCCCCCUUUAUCUAAUCUGCUAAGCCUUUAAUAGCCUUUAAUAGCCUUUUAGCAGCUAAUCCCCUAAGCCUUUAAGCCUUUAAUAGCCGCUAAACCGCUAAUAGCGCUAAUAGCGCUAAUCCGUCAAUGGGCUUGCUUCGCAAGACGAAAAAACCGCUAGACGAAGACUCUCGCGGAACGGAUUAAUUUCGUCUUGCGAGGCACCACUGUACUGCAAAACACUUAUGUCGGGCUUCCCUUGUGCUUGAUCUAUAAACUGCAGUUAGUACUGAAGGCUGCUGCAUGAUAGUUGACAGGAGUGAUUGUCUUUCAGCAUAUUACGCUCUUUUCUGAGUUUUCAGAGCAAAUUCAAAAUGUUCAUACAUAAAAGUCCUUCACAGCUUGGAGUCAGUUGGCUUGAAAGAUCAAAUUAUCCAACUGCUUUGAUCUGACACUUUUAUAAGUGCCCCAUAACAUUCAUUCUAUCGUUGCAUGGAAUCAAUCCUGUAAUGUGGUGCCAUAUAUUAGGCAGAUGGCUUUGUGGUAUUGUUUUCAAAAACUUGGCUAAAGACUUUUUUGUUUAGUUCAGGCUAAUUAUCUAUAUUUUUAUAGUCUGUGUUUACUUGUUUUUAAGGUUUCAUUUUAUUGGUGUUUUAUAUCAUUUUUGUAAACCACUUAGAGGUUUGUUGAUGAGGUAGUAUGUACAUUUUGUUAAAUAAAAUAAGAGGCUAGGGCUACAAAUCAAAAUCAUUGGUUCAAAUCUCCUCUGUCACGAACUCCUCUUAGGGAUGUCACAUUAAACCAUAGUUAAAAAUAAACUUUGGUUUAACAUGAGAACAACAUGCUUGGAAGCCCCAAUUCCUGACGUUGCUGUGCCAGGGAGAAGACAAACCAAAGGCUGACUUCCUGUUGCAUGUGAACCAGUAUUCAUAGUUUCUUCCUCUCUAGGCAACAGGAAACUAGUCUCAGGUUUGUUUUGUUCAUAGCUCAGCAAUAGCAGAAGGGAGGGAGGAGUGUGGUGUGCACUUUCUAGCAGGGUGCAGCAGCAUGCCGCUCCUUGGUAAACCAUAGUUUAUUUUUAACUGUCCGAACCAUGCCACUCUCUCUCAAACCCCCAUCUGGAAUAUGGGGGAAUAAUAAAAUGAGGACCUGGACCCUGACGGUUUAGAUAACUGCUGCCUAGUUGCAGAUGUUUUUUGGGCAGGGUGAUUGAGAAGUGUGGUGGCUAGCAGAUGUGUCUGGAGGAAGCAGGUUAUCUAGACUCACUUCAUUUGGGCUUCAAGCCUGGUAGAACAUUGAAAAAGCCUGGUUCAUUACACUUCUUGGGAGAGAGGGGAGUGUUUCCCUGUUGAUUCUGCCCAUCCUCUCAGCAGAGUUUGAUACCAUUGACCAUAGUAUUUUCUUGGAGAGACACUGUGUUGCAGUGGUUCCAUUCAUCCCUGUAGGACUGCUUCUUGACCCAAUGGCAUUUAUAUGGGUUCCUGUAGGGAUUCAUCUUGUCUUACAUGUUAUUUAAACAGCAGGCAGGAGUCAUCCAGAGAUUUCAAGUGCAGUGCCCUCAAUAUGCAGAUGGCACCUGAAGCUUCUCUUCAUUUUAUCUGAAUGAGAAGAGGUUGCACAUGUGCUGGACCAAUAUCUGGAGGCAGUGAUGGGCUGGAUGAAAGCCAGUAAACAAACAAUCCUAAUAGGAUGGGGGUACCGCAGUUCAGUGGUUCCCUGGUCUAGAAAUUAGGGAGAUGGUCUGUUCUGGAUGGAGUAGCACUCAUCAUGAAGGAGUAAGUGUAUAACUUGAGAGUACCCCUUGAUUUGAAGGUAUUUUUGGAGGCCAAGGUGGCCUCAGUGUCAAGGAAUGUUUAAGCCCAUAUUUGGUUGGUUUGUCAGCUUUGACCAUUCCUGAACUAAAAUAGCCUGGAUUUUUGCAGCACCCUCCACAGGGGGCUGCCCUUGAAGAAAGUGUGGAGUCUUCAUGCAAGUGCAGACUGCUGCCACUAGUUUGCUGUCUUGGACAGUGAGGGGGAAACAUAUCACUCCUUUUCUGAGAACUUUGUACAGACUAUAUGUUAGGCACCAAGCCAAAUCCAAAGUAUUUGUACUGAUGUCUAACACCGAAUACAACCUAGAAUCCAAAUAGUUGAAAAGGUGCCCCCCUGAAUAUGGCCCGACAUGUUUGUUAAGCUCUGCAGAGUUGAUGUUGCCGCUGAUGAGUGAGAAUUCUGGGGUGGUGGCACAAGCCAGGACCUUCUCUGUGACAGUUCCUUGUUUAUGGAACUUCCUUCUGAUGGACAUAAUAUUGUCCCCUGAAUAAAUGGCAUUUAGGUGCCACCUUAUAACCUUAUUUUGCCUGGCAUUUGUUAGUUAAUUGCACACUGUUGCUGAGAAAGUAUAUUGUUUGCUGCUGCUGUUUUUUUAAUUUGUAUGUAUUAGUUGUAAUUUCAUUUUGGGCUUCUGUAUCUAUGUAUCAUUUUAUGAGCUGUUAGCCACCUGUGAGUAGGAGGAAUGGUGGUGUGUAAGAAGUAUAAAUAAUUUGUCGCACUUGGGGAUUGCAAGGAUUACAACCAGUUAGUGUACAUGAAGUGCUUUUGAAUGCUUGAAAGGCUAUAUAUAUGUAAAGUGCUAGCUUUACUUUUCAUGAUUUGGAGAGUACUCUGAAAGUAAUGAAGUGUAUUAUGGCCCGGUGUGUUUCAAGUCAAUAGUUUGCCUGAGUGCUCCUCGAAUGGAACUGGACUAGCAUCUCCUCCUGAAAUACCACAAUACUUGACGCAGCCCACAAGAUCUGCUGUGGCAUGUUAGUUAGGAAACAGCUAAGUUUCCAGUUUGAUUUCUGCCUUUACUCUAAACACAUUUGGAGACCUUCCAGGGUGGGCUUGAUUUAAAUCAUUUUUUUUACAGAAAGACUCAUUUUUGCUGGUAUAAUCUUAGUAUUUACAACCAGAUGAAGGUUUCAUUUUUGAUAUAAUAAAUUUUCAGAGUAGUUUUUACACUCAUAUAAAAAAUUACUGAUUUGGUUAUACUGUUACAAAUACAAAGGCAGAUAAUUAUGAAAUUAUUGUGAGGUUUAAUAAGUUAACUGUUUAUAUUUGGACAACUUUUCUGCUGUACUUUAUUGGAAGGAGAAAAAUAAUCAUUUCCUUAAUAACAACUUAAACAAUUUAACUAAAACAAUAACAUUAUAGCAUAUGUAUCCAUGUUUGUUAACUGAUGUGGUUAAACGGUUUUUUUAAAAAAACAGACUGAGUUUUAGCACACAUGAAAAACUUAAAACAAAUCCUUAUUUUCUGAUGAAUAGCCUUUCAUCUAUAAUGAAACUAUAAUGUAACUUAAAUAGAAAACUAUCUUUAGAAAGCUUUUUCCUCCAGAAGCAUUUUAUUUUAAAAAUCAAAUUUAAAUUUAAAAAAAUCGAUUUAAAUAAAAAAUCAUUUUUUUAAAGAAAAACCCAUUGAUUUAUCCAUCUUGAGACCUUCUUUCAGUCCUAGCACCCCUCACCCCCCAACAUUCUGCAAUAUGUGACUAGUACAGUCAUACCUCGGGUUGUGAUCGCUGCGUUUUUGGGUUUCGGACGUGCCGAAACCAGGAAGUACCAGAACUGGUUACUUCCGGGUUUUAGCGCAUUCACAGAAGCACUAAAUCGCACUUUGCGCAUGCGCAGAAGCACCGGAUCACAUCAUGCAUGUGCGCAGACGCAGCACUGUGGGUUGCAAACAUGCCUCCCGCACGGUCUCAUUCUGAGCCUUCAGUUCGGAGAAGACGAUUAUGAUGACAAUUGUAGUUGGAAUGAAAAACUUUUCCAUUUUCCCAUGUGAACAGUAGAUGACAUCAAGUACUUUUUAAUAUUGAUUUGUCUAUGUGCUGAUUAAAUGCAAAGGUAGAAGAGUUGUAUCAAGGCAUUUGGAACAGAGCUGUAUAAGGACAUUUGGAUAAUAGUGUCCUUUAUUUGACUGACUUGGAGAAAGGGUGUACUUAUAUUUAGUUUAGCUUGAAUACCUGCAAGUUAUUUGUUGAAUACAAGUUGUUCCAGUAAAAUAUAACUCUGUUGAUGCACUUUGUGCCUGCCUUGUUUUGAAUAAACUGACACCUGUUAUUAUUAGAAUCAAUACAUUCUAAAAGUAUUUAGUUGGCAUUUCAGGAAUGUCUGUUGAAUGGAAAAAUAGUAGAAGAAAUCAUUCUUGAAAAACUAUUGAGUUUUGGAUAAAACCUUUCUUGGGGUACUUGAAGCAAAUAAUUUAUUCAUUACAUUAAUAUAUCAUCUUUCUGCCAAGGCACCCAAGGCAGUUUAGAAUUUUAAAGGACUGAAAUGAUUUAACAUGUAAAAUUGGCCAGGUGACGAGGGCACAUUCUGGCUGGAUAAAGGUCUAAUGUUGUCUUCACCUCCCUCCCUCAGUCUCUACUUCCUCCCCACAGGGCAGGUGGUGUCUGUUGGAUCUCAAAUACCCUUGUUCAGUCAGUUUGAUUGGUUAGGAUUGGAAAUAUAUACCAUACAAUCUAAAAGCCAAUAACAUUGGAGCAUGAUCUCAUUUCUCUUAAAUUCCCCUUGUGCCAUCAAUAAUAUACUUCUCAAAGUCUGUAUGAAUUCGUUCACCUUGUUAUCUUGAAGGGCUAUAAGUAAGUUUCAAGUGGCAGCAGGGUAAGGUCUGAACUAAAUAUUUUUACUAUUGGCAGGGUCUAAUUAUAGAGCUCUGUUUGUUCUUUUGACUUCAUUGUACUCAGUACUUUGAUUGUGAGCUACCUUGGUAAUUGUGCAAACUAAAGGGUGACAUCUAAAUGUUUAAACACAAACUUUAAAUUAAAUAGAAAGUAAUAGGUAAUAUUUAAAACCAUUACUAUUUUAUUUCUUUCAGAUAUACAAUGAAAAGGAACUACUUCAAGGAAAACUGGAUCUCCUUAGUGACACCAAUAUGGUGGACUUUGCUAUGGAUGUCUACAAAAACCUUUAUUCUGAUGAUAUUCCUCAUGGUAAGCUAUCUACUUACAAAUAAAACUGUGACAGGAUCUACAGUCAACCCUCGUGCCUUAAAAAUAAUAAAGCCCACGACUUUAAGUUACUAUCAUGUACUGAUCUUUAAUGUUGACUAAAUCCAAAUUGUUUGUUUAAAAAAUAAUGUCAUUUUGUUCUACCAAAGUUCUUUUUCAGUUCUAUUCAUAUAUUUUAAUGUUUUGGCUUCUGAGUCCCACUGUCGGAACUGGUUUGCAUGCCUCCUCCCACCCCAACACAGAUUCUAAGACAAAAGACAAAGGGAGAUGCAUUUGUCUAUCCUCAAGGCCUAGAGCCUAUGUCUGCUUUGGGGGCGUGGGGAAGGGCCACAUUGAAAAAACAGUUCUGGCCUGUCUCUUGUUGUGGUAGAGGCAGUGACCUCAGUGAUGAAUGGAAGGGUGGAGAGAAUAAGAAGAGUAGGGAAUGAGAAAGGACCCACUCCUUUCCCCACUUGUCAAAGUUGACAUGCCUUCAGUUAGAAUUAUGUAAAUAUUACAAAGAAUCGGUGUUAACCAGAUGGCUCUUCUCUACUUCCAUAUUUCUUUUAAUGACAAGAUUUCCCUAAAACAGGGUAUAGCUCAUCUAUAUUGGAUCCUUCCUUAGCAGGCAAGUCAUUCUUUAUGCAGUGGGGUAGGAGGUGAGCCUUGAUGCACAUUGGUGGAAUAUUGGGACUCCCUGGAAAUUGUCUCUUGUAUUUGCCUGGAUCUAUCUGUCACUGAGGGAUUUUGUCACACUUUUUCUGGUCUAAAAUGUUCCCACUUAAAUCUGUUCACAUUCAUUUUCUCAAUGCACAGAUUAAGUUUAUAUCCAAACUCUUGAAUAAAAUGUUUAUGGCCUAAAAUAUUUAUUAGUAUUGUGGAGCUGGAGUCAAGUGUUCAUACAUCUAAACUGCUAUAUUCAAGCUUUUUUGCCCCUUCAAAAACAUGGACACCAUAAAUAUUCUAAAAGUUUGGUAAGCAAGUAGUACUUCUGAUUUAUUCAGGCUGUUGCUUGCUUUGUCUGAGCCCAUUUGAAAACUUCACUUUUCCCCAUUGCAUUCAGAAUGGGUGUUUAGAUCGCUUUCUUGAAUCUUGUGGGCUACUCUGCUGAGAUACAGAGCAAGACACAUUUAAACAAAAGAUUUUAUUGAACUAAUAAUUGUGUCUAACUGAUUAGGACCUAGGUGAAUAAAAUUUGAGAAUUCUAGGGUACACAGUAUUAUCUUGCUUGAUUGACUAUUGCUGACAGAACUUUUUGUAUAGAUGACUUAACUUAGUUUUUCUGUUUUUCUCAUCAGCUUUGCGUGAAAAGAGAACCACAGUUGUUGCACAGCUAAAACAGCUUCAGGCAGAAACUGAACCUAUUGUCAAAAUGUUUGAAGACCCAGAAACUACACGGCAAAUGCAGUCUACUAGGUAAUGCUUUUGGAUGUUGCAUUCCUGCAAAAGUUUGCAGAAUUGCUACUUGAGUGUAAUUGGAUAAUUUUUCAAGUUUGAUCUUCUAAUUGCGUGAGCCUCAGUGCAAUCCUAUGCAUGCCUACUCAGAAGUAAGUCUCCCAGUUGUAAAUACCUUGUAAGUGUAUGUAGGCUUGUAGCUUAUGUAGUCACUAGGGUGGUUUAUUGUCUAGAUUAGAAAUGGAAAUAGUUCUGCCUAUGUGCAGCUGAUGUUCUGUUGAUUUUAAUUUGUGAAACCUAAUUCAAACAUUUUUUAUAUUCUUAACUUGAAAGUUCUUUCAGAUGAGAGAGAUUGACAUGUAUUCCACAUGGGAAAUUGAGUCUUUAAACCUCCAUUUAGCUAAUCAUGUCUCAUUCUCUAGACUAGAGCAAUCAAGUGCUCUCCACAUGUUUUGGACUCAUCAGGUUCUCAUCAGGCCCACCACAGCUAUGUUAGCUGGGGCUCUUCGGAGUUGCAGCCAGAAACAUUUGGGAAAGGUUGCACAGGGUAACCUGGAUAUUUCGACAAUUGUAUCCCAUUGCCUUAGGAUCUAAGAUUUACCUUUACUUAAAAAAAAAAAAUAUUAUUUUAUUAAUUUUCCACACAAAAAAAAGCAACAAUGCAUAUUCAAACAUAGAAAAAAGUAGAGUUGACUUCCCCCAUUUCCUUCCCUGGUUCCAUUGUUUAUCAUCAUACCGCAUUUCCAUUUUAAAUGAUAAAAUCAUUAAAAUUACUUAUUGUCCAGGCAUUGUCUUUACAAGUCUUUUUAAAAUCCUGCUAACGUAUUAACCUGUGUACAUUACUUCUGUAUAUAUGCAAUAAAGUCCUCCCAAUCUUCUUUAAAUUCCUUUUCAUCUCUUCCUCUUAAUUUCAAAGUCAAUUUUGCAUAUUCCAUUAACUUCGCUUGCCAGUCUUCUUUAGCUGGGACACCUACUUCUUUCCAAUGUUGUGCAAUAAUAUAGUGGUACCUCUGGUUGUGAACGGGAUCCGUUCUGGAGGCCCUUUCGCAACAUGAAAAGAAUGCAACCCGCAGCGGCACGUCUGCGCAUGUGCGGGUUGCGAUUUGCCGCCUCUGUGCAUGCACGUGAUGUCAUUUUGUGCUUCUGUGCAUGCGUGAGUGGCGAAACCCAGAAGUAACCCUUUCUGGUACUUCCGUUUCGCCAUGGGAUGUAACAUGAAGCGGACGUAACAUGAGGUAUGACUGUAAGUCUUUUUGCGGUCUUGGCAUAUCCACUCCUGUAAUACCUAGUAGGAAAGCUUCUGGUUUUUUUAACAAAUGUUAUUUUAAACAUCUUCAAUUCAUUAUAAAUCAUUUCCAAGUACUUAACAAUUUUGCAAUCCCACCACAUAUGAAAAAAUGUCCCUUUUGUUGAUUUACAUUUCCAACACUUACUUUCUUUAUUUUUAUACAUUUUUGCUAAUCUCACUGGAGUUAGGUACCAUCUAUACAUCAUUUUCACAUAAUUUUCUUUAAUUGCCACACACGCAGUAAAUUUUAUUUCAGUUUUCCAUCAUUUUUCCCAAUCUUCCAUCGAUGUACCUAGCCUUAAUCCUGUUUAUGUGGGAGUAAGCUUAAUCAAAUUCAGUUGGACUUAUUACUGAGUAGAUAUCAUUGGGAUUGUGCUUUAAGUCCCCUUCUACCUUUUAAAAGCCAGAAUGGAGGUCGUAAUCAGUGAAAAGAAAAAUUAUUAACUAUUAUUACGUUCUGUUGUUUUGUAUAUUAUGUUAAAAGCAACCCAGCUGGGGCAACCCAAUCAGAUGGGUGGGGUACAUAUGAUGAUGGUGAUGUCUCUAUUCCAUGUCUGUGAGGUAACCUGAUAGAAAGUGCCACUGCUGCAUCUGCCACUAUUUCCAUACCCUUUUUUAAAGCAUCUGGUUUGGGGAUUGCAGAGCUAGGUACUAUCCCCUAAAAGGCUGUAUUUGGUUAAGAGGUGACAGGUGCUGAUUUCUACUGCAGAGGAAAAAGGAUUACAAGUGACGGGACAUAAUAGGAUGCUGUCUAAGGCAGAGAGAUAUUGCCCUUAACACUCUCCAUAAAACAAGAGGAGGGUUAUUGGACCCUGUGCCCAUAUUAUUGAAAGUUAAAUAAUACCCAGCCGGUGGCGUGCAAAAAUGCAUGCUGCAGCAAUGUAAGAGUUGGCCUUGAGUGAAAACUAAUUCACUUGUACAUAUAUGAAAUGUAGAAAAAUGAAUUUGCUUUCAGUGAACAGAAAUGUUUCUCUCUGUAAUGUUUUUGUGUGAUUUAUAGCACUACAGUGAACUCUUCUUUAUUACAGGGAUGGUCGGAUGCUAUUUGACUACUUAGCUGACAAACAUGGUGUAGGUAUCAAUUAUUAAAUCUGUAAAAUUAAGUAUGCAUGAUGCAAAAUAAAUGGACUUCAGAUGUGAGAACUGGUCAUGUGAUUGAUUGUGUCCUUCUGUGAUGUAUGUAUAUGUAGCCUGCCUUCUAUACUGAGUGGUCCCAGGGUGGGUUAUAAAAGCACAGUUAAAUAUUAAAAUCAUAUACCUCUUUUAUGCAAUGGUUCUAAACUUAUGGUGAGCAGCUAUUUUAAUGCUUAGUCUCACAGUGUGAGCUGUGAGGUGGAGAGAGAUGUCUGUUUAGUGGGAGCAGAGUAAUUCCAUUGGCCAUAAGUUAACCAUUCUAUUUGGGUAUUGAAAUCAAAGGAGUUACUCUGAGUAUGUCUUAGUUAGAUACAACCCUGUGUAUUGAUUGGUUCAAAAGGCAUGCAAGCUGGAAAGCCCUCUGGCAAAUACAACUAAAGGUUUUGACAUCUACUGGCUAGAUAAGUGAUGAGAAUUCAGUCAGCACUGAACUGGGCAUGUCAAGUGAAUUUUUAAAAGGGGAAAUUGAGGCCUCUGAGUCACAAUCUAGUCACCUGGUUAUCAGUGCUGGCUGACAUUACUAAUGGCAAGUCUGAUUAAAUCUCAUUCUACCUUUUCACAAAGUCAAGUUUUAAUUAGAUUUUGUCCAUUUCAGCAUUGUCUAAGCAUGCACAGAAUGAGGACUUCAUUGUUGUGGUUGAAGUAUAACUUUUUGAAUGUUUCUGCAAUGUAACAGACUUCCUGCAAGUUAAACAAAAACAGUCCUAGUAUAUUUGAGAAAUAGGUUCUAUUCUACCAUGCUCCCUGCUAUGGUGGCUUUGCACUUGGGGAGAAUUCAUGAGCCCCUACCAUCAAUAAUUUUGUGCCCUCAGAACUUUGCCUCUACAUUAUUCUGCUGCAUAUUUAGACAAGACUGAACUACCUCCAAAGCAAUUUCUUGAAACAUUUUUUAUAUUUGUUCUGUUUGUCUUGCAGUUUAGGCAAGAGUAUCUAGAUACACUCUACAGGUAUGCAAAAUUUCAGUAUGAAUGUGGCAACUAUUCAGGAGCAGCAGAAUACCUGUACUUCUUUAGAGUAUUGGUAAGUUUUUCUAUAUAUAAAUAAUUUAAGAUUAUAUUUUUAAAAAGUUUGUGGGCCCCAAAAUGGACAUCCAUACGAGUUUGCUUUUUCCUCCUUUCAUGGUAGACACUUUCUAGCAAAACCUCUAAAUUAUUGGCAAAAUCACUGUUCCUUUUGUGUGUCUGUGUGUGUGUGAUUUUUGAGAGCAAGUUGGAAAUCUUAUUCUUUCAACUCAGCUGUAUUCAAACAGUGUACCUGCCUAAAGAGAAACAAAACUAUUUCUUAGAAUGGCACUGCUGCAAUUAACUUAGUCUUUACCUCACUUGAGUCCUGUCUUUGUAACUGCAACAUGAAAAGUUAGAUGCUGACUUGGCUUUCAAAUACCACACCAGUCCAGCCAGUGAGAUCUAGCCACAAAGCUGUUGCAGAUUCUUAUUUUACCUAUUGUACUUGAUGAAUAUGUAUGCAGAUGGGGAUGAUUUAUUUUUUAUGACUGUAGCUUAUUGCUUCACUGUUUUAAUACUGUUUUAUUUCAUUGUGAUUUUAUUGCUGUAUGUAUUGUAUAAGCUGCUUUGAGGUAUCAUUUGGGCUGGCAACAGGGCUUAAAUAUAGGAAAAUAAAUAAAAACAUAAAAUACAUAGCAGAACAUUUAAUUUCUAAAUUAAUUACAGAAACAGAAAAGUGCUGAGGCACAACUAAAGUGAAGGAAUUAGCUGGUAAUGCUGAAUUUAGUGGUUGCUUUUGAGAAUUUUGUCAGUCUUUCCUUUUAAUAUCAUGAAAGAGUUUGAGUAGUAGUCUUGUAUUUUGGAAAGGGCUUAUACCAAUAGUUAACAAAUGCAGCAACUUAGAACAACAUGAAGAGUUGAUUAUUCAUGUCAUUUUGUGUGGUGAUAAAGUAAGAGAAAAUCUAGGGCCGUGAACUUUUUGUGGCUGGUUGAAUGAAUUUUUAAUUCUGUUUAGAAAUGGAAAUUAAUGGUUGGGUAGACUGACAUAUUGAAGCUAGUCUAUUCUAAUAUAGCCUUACCUGAAAAUAGGUUACUAUGCAGUGCCAACUGAAGUUGUGCAGAGCUGAGUAAAAAAUGGCAUGUAUGACCUUGUGCCCCGAACUUGAGCAAAGUAAUGUCAUCGUCUUUCCCCACCCUCAGCUAGGGGGGAUGAAAAUACGUAUGGUUCUAAUAUUAUUUGAGGGUUCUGGAGUGUGUAUGAAUGACAUUAUUUGAUAUCCCCAACAAAUUUAGUCUCUCUGAUCUUUCUGAGCACAGCUUUCAGUUAAAUGACAAAGCUUGUUACUGGGAUGGAAGUAUAAUGAUAAUGAGGUAGCAUUCAAGGCACAGCGACAACUAGCUGAUGAGGCAGUAGUUAAUGCUCAAAUUUCAGAAACUUCAAGGGCAGAGGAAAUACAGUUUAGGUGGAUAGAUCUUUCUGGAGACCUGGCAAUGUUCAGUGCUUGAUCCAACUUUUCUUUCUUUUUUAAAUAAGAAUUUCUUAGGUAUUUUCUCUUCAGUCUUUCAGAAUUUCAGUUAUAUUCUGUAGGUUUUAAAAUAAUAGUUAAAUAUGCAACUGUUACUGUUUUAAGAGAAGCUAGUUUACUUGUGGGCCAGUCACACUUCUUUGAAGUCUCUCAGCCCCACUCACCUCACAGAGUGUUGUGGGGGAGGAAGGGAAAGGAGAAUGUUAGCCGCUUUGAGACUCCUGAAGGGGAGUGAAAGGCGGGAUAUCAAAUCCAAACUCUUCUUCUUCUUCUUCUUUGAGAAGAAAUUUGUUUAAGUGAGAUUUUUGAGAAACACAUUCUAUGAAAGUACCAUUGUAAUGGAUUUGAGGCAAGAGUGUUGUUCUCUGAAUGACUUGCAGUUUGGCCCUGUGUCAGCUAAAGCUGAUUGACCCUAACUUGAAAUUCAGUACAGUAUUUUUUUCUUUUGCCACAAAUGUGGACUUGUGUUACAGGGUGUCUUAUAAAUAGUAAGAAAGAAUAAAUGUUUUGCAACAACCCAUGCUCAGCUGUAAGGGUGCAUAUUGUAGUUCUACGAGUUCUCUAUUAUAUAAUGAUAUCUUAAGCUGAAAUUACAGAAAGGGUCAUGACACCCCCAUAGCCAUCCCUGUUAAGCAGUCUGUACAAGCCAUUACUCUAGACUAUAGUAGUCUGCUAUAGAUUUUCCUCAUUCUGAUUAGCAGAGGUUUUCUGUAGAGCUGGUGGUUUUAUUAGUUAAGCUUUAAACCCUUUUAAAUUAGUGCGUGAAACCCCAAACUACCCUGAAGUAUUGUUGACAAAGGAAUCCUUAUUGCUUGUAUUGAAAGUUCUGUGCAGAAGCUGUGGCUGCCAAUUCUCCAGGCUUUCCUGGUUUUUAAAAUCUCCAGCUGAAUCUCCUUGGAAAUGCCUAGUGCUGCUGAUUGUUUCCUAGAAAAUCAAAACUGAUUUGCUAAAUGAAACACAGCUCAUUCUCCCAAAAUUGUGGAACAGGCAUGUCAGUGGCAUAUUCUCUCUCUACUGGUGCCAGCAAGUCUCUAAUCAAAAUGUUUGACCUAGAGAAGUAUUAAAUUAUUGUGGUUAUUGUAAUUGGAUUCACUUAUUUAAAACAGGUUCCAUCAACGGAUAGAAAUGCUUUGAGUUCACUCUGGGGAAAGCUGGCAUCUGAAAUUCUGAUGCAGAACUGGGAUGCUGCCAUGGAGGACCUUACAAGAUUGAAAGAGACAAUUGACAAUAAUGUGAGUUUAUUUUUAUUUACAUAUUGACAGAUAGCUGGUGUGGGAAGAGGAAUUGCAGCUGGUGGAUGUUGGCAAAUAUUUAAUAUCACUUCACAUUUUGCUCAAAAUAGUUAUGGUUAGCAGUGCUCUUGGAGUCUUUCUUUUUAGGCAACUUUUUCAUGGUGUGCCUGGGAAGUCAGCUAAAUCAACUGAUUUGUUGAUGAUUCCCUAUUGCUUAAAAGAAAUGGGAAUCUGGCUUUCAGAAGGGGAGUAGCAAGUGGCAAGAUACAAUAAAAGUUUAAAAUCUGUGUAGAAAGAGUGUUUUUAGGGCAUAUUUCUGUUCUCAUACAGUGGUACCUUGGGUUAAGUACUUAAUUCGUUCCGGAGGUCCGUUCUUAACCUGAAACUGUUCUUAACCUGAAGCACCACUUUAGCUAAUGGGGCCUCCUGCUGCCACCGCGCCACUGGAGCAUGAUUUCUGUUCUCAUCCUGAAGCAAAGUUCUUAACCUGAGGUACUAUUUCUGGAUUAGAGGAGUCUGUAACCUGAAGCGUAUGUAACCCGAGGUACCACUGUAUUACCAUGGGUUACUAGAACUAAAGGUUGCCUACUUGUAAGUGGUAGAGGCUCUGAAGGGUUUAAGACAGGCACCUUUACUAGGCUGACCUGAAGACGUUAAGGAUUGAAUCUGGGAUCUUUUGCAUGCAAAACAUGUUGCUCAACUAUACCGUUCCACUAUAGCAUUUCAGAACUCAAUGCUGCCUCUGACUUUUGUCAACUGUGUAAUGUCAGGAAGCUGUUGUGAUGGCAGAGGGAGUGGGGUCCCACCUCUCCUGGGGUGGCAUCGUGAGCUGUGCCUCUGCAGUUUUGCAGCAACUCCUUGCUAUUGCUUGCAGGCAGAGGAGGCAGUAGUAUGCAGAGUUACGGUACUGGCUGGGCACUAUGUUGAAUGAUUUUUCCUGGUUGGUAUGGUGGCUCAUGGAUAGUCACGCAGGACCUGUACUUGGGACUCUGUUGUCUAGCCUACUAACAAUUGGAGGCCAGAAUACAUAGAAUUGGCUUUCUGCCUUUCCAAAGCCAGGAAAUUGUGCUCAGUGCUGUGGCAGUGGCGGAAAUAACUGAUGAGUUUUGCCACUCAACUGUUAUCAUCAUCAUCAUCAUCAUCAUCAUCAGUUAGUUGCUUUAUCUCUCCCAGGGCAGCCCAACACAAUUUAUAACCAAUGUACUGCUCACCAGAGCUAAGUGGCAAUUUAUAUGGCUAGUUUCUUUUGGCACGCCCAUUGAGUCAAAUUCAGAUUGUUCAGAAAUCUUGGGUUAAAAUGGGCUAGAAGGGCGAAAUUAAAAACCAUUAUGCCUGGAUAACUGUGAAGUUUUUAAUGUUUGAUGUUUAUUGUAUUUUUAAUAUUUUGUUGGAAGCCACCCAGAGUGGCUGGGGAGACCCAGCCAGAUGGGCGGGGUACAAAUAAAGUAUUAUUAAAUAAAUUAUUAUUAUUAUCAUUAUUAUUAAUAAUAAUAAUACUAAAAAUUACAUGAGAGUUUUCUGUCCCUUCCACCCCCUGUAGCCACUGCUACCUCUGAAUUCACAGGGGUGCAGACUAUCCUGGAAAAUGGGCAUUUUGCUGUGGGGGGGGGGAAUGUCCCUCCUGUAAACUUAAGUUUACUUAGGAUCCAAGAGCUAAAAUACUGUAAAUGUAAACUGUUCAGUAAAAUACCUUUCUACUUUUUCAGUCCGUCAGCUCUCCUCUCCAGUCUCUUCAGCAGAGAACAUGGCUCAUUCACUGGUCUCUCUUCGUUUUCUUCAACCAUCCUAAAGGCAGAGAUAACAUAAUUGAUCUUUUUCUCUAUCAGCCCCAGUGAGUUGAUAUAUACCUACAAAAAUAAAGGGGAUGUGUAAGAAUGUAGUAAUCCAGUUUUCUGCCCUGAUGAUGUUAAACAUUCCUACAUACUUUAGAAGGUUGUUCUAUGCCUUUGAAUUGAAAUGUAGUGUUGUAUCCUUUCCACGGUUUUGAGGCUACAGUAUAGCUCCAUAUACUAUUACACUUUUUAAAAUUGGUAUGUCUACAUAAACAUGCAUAGAAGCAUGUGAAGCCCAGACAUUUAGGAAACAGAAGUAAACUCUUACAUCUAAGGAAUUGAAUAGAAAUUUGAUUACAUUUAUGAAGUUAAGUAUAACUCUUGACAAAAAUGAAAGGUACUAAUAGAAAGUGCUUCAUGUUACAUUACCGUAGAAACUUAGCUAUGUGAUUAGCAAUUUGAUACUUGAUGUGCCAAGUUUAAAGGUUUCUGCUGUACUAUGAUGCAUCAAAUACUGAAGGGAUGAAUAUUACAGGUACAAUCCUUUUAGUGGCAACUACCAUAAACUUGGAAGAGGCAUUAUUUCAUAGGUAACUUCAUCUUGGCAUGAUGUCUCUGAUAUUGUAUUACAUUUAAAGUUGCCACAAUGAAUUUUAAGAGUACAGUCUAUUUCAGUGUAGUUGGGUGGUGAUGUCAGUGUUGCAUGAGGUAAUGCACUGAUUCAUUGCCAUCUUCUAGUGUUUUUCAAGGACAUAUGUGUCAGGGGUUCAGGAGCAGAGGUACAGGAAAGGGAGGAAAUAGAGAGCGAGGGGGAGGAGUCCGAAGGAAAUGUUAGCGAUGACAGCGGUCCGAGGUCUCUGAGUCUUUCCAGCGAAUCGGAAGAUUCACAGAAAGGGGCUCCCUUGGUCAGAGCAAGGGGGUGCCGAGGGGACACCCCAGGAAGAAGGGGCCAGAGGGGACUCAGAGAGCAGCAGUUGGAAAUCAGGACCAGCGUCCACACCAGAGUGCAGUAGGGGGGGAGGAGUCCCAGGCAUCGGGAUCAGGCGGCGCACUGCCAGUGGGAGGACAUGAGUCAGGAUUGGCCACGCCUCCAUCGGGGAGCGAGGAAACGGUCGAGAGGAAGGUUGAAGGCUGGGCGCGCGCGCCAAGUUCAAAUGUACAGGAGGGAGGCGCAGUUGGCAGCCCGGAUAGGGAGCCAGGUCCCAAAGCCCGCCGAAAAGAGGGGGAGGAGUCAGGGGGGUCAGCGUCAGAAGAAUCCAGGAAGGAAGGGACCCCGGGGGGUAGCAGGACCCAGAGGAGAAAGGAGAGACGUAAGAGGUGGAGUAAGGCUAGAAUCUUAAACUGGUGUACAGGGGCGGAGACUCAGAUGGAGCUUCGCCGAUCUAACCCCUAGACGUAGAGCUGGGGCGCUCCGGCUUGAAAAUGGAAACUGUACUUCAAUAAAGACUUUUGUACAUUACUGCCGGCUAGCGUUGGUCCUCUGUGAGCUGGGACCUGGAGCCAGCUCUGACAGUAAGCUCCAUCUCCAAAAGUUUUGCACCAAAAACCUCGUAACGUGAGUGGACGCAGCGAGGGAAGAAGAUUGGUGCUUCGCGAGCUCACAAAAGUCAGGCAAGAUGACUACAGAACAGCAACUAGCAGCCCUGCAAAAUGCAGUGACACAACUCAACGCGGAGGUACUCGCAUCCAGGAAAAGGGAAGAGGAAGCGGCUGCCGCCUGCAGGGAUCUCCAAGCCAGGUUGGAAGUGCUUGCUAAGCAGGGGCAACCGGGACCCAAAUCAGAGGGGAUUGGGCUGGGGAAAAGAGGAGGCAGCCUGGUAUCUCAUUUCGAUGGGAAUUUGCAGCAGUACCCUAACUUCCGAGCAGACGUGCUGUUUGCGCUGGAACUGCUGGAUAAAGACUUUAGAGAUGAGCAAGAGAAGGUGGGGUUUAUCUUGUCCCAUUUGCAUGGGGAAGCUAAAGCGUGGCUGCGCAAUCUGUGGAGAGAUAAGGAUCCGGCGCUCCAAAAUGCGGAUGCAUUCAUUAAAGCGAUGGAUUCGUGUUUUUAUCAAAUAUAGACAUUGAUAUCGCCAGAAAAGACAUACAUGGGCUCAAACAAGGCAGAGCCAGUGUAAGGCAGUACCAUUCCCGCUUUUUGCAUUAGUCCAUGCGCUGGGAUGGGAGAAGGAUUCUGCCCCAGCCAGAGACCUUUUUGGGAAGGCUUGAAUGCAAAUGUGAAAGAUGAGAUUGCAAGGGGGGAGAGACCAAAGAGCACUCAGGAGGUUGUCCGGCGGGCGCUGCAAAUUGGGGUGCGUCUGGAAGAACGUCCAUGGAACAGAGAAGAAGGACGUUGGGGACGUACGCCAGUGAGAGCACCUCCCCUCUUUCCCAAGGAUGCAGCGCGUGUGCAAUCCCCACCUCCGCAAGGAGGGGAGAGCAACCGAUGGAGAUUGGAGGCGCCAGGGCUCAGUCAGCAACCAGAGCCUUAACACCGGGAGCAGUCAAAGCGAAGCCUCCUAGAGGGAACAGGAAGUGCUACAUCUGCGACAGUGCUCAGCACAUGGCGAAAGAGUGUCCCCAGAGGCUCCACAAGCACACUGCAGCCUCAGCAACAGUAACAGAAGCAACUCAGCAGAGAGAACCACAGCAGGGAAACGACAGAGUCUGGUUGGAGGAAGAGGCACUGGGGCCCAACCAGACAAGUCAAUGAAGCCGUCCCCAGAGAUUUUGCAGCCCACAGACCCCUCCCGCCCAAACCAGUGGUGCAGCUCACAGCAUCGCUCCAACUACCCAAUGGACUCACUAUGGAAGUGCCGAUUACCAUUGACUCUGGUAGUAACGCAGACUUCAUAGGACUGGAUUUCCUUCAAGAGCACAACAUAGCACUCCUGCCAGCCACGCUGCCUCUGAAAGUUGUCACGGUGGAUGGCAGGGAAUUGCUGGGGGGGCAGGUGGUGCAGCAAACGCCUCCGAUGGUGAUGCAAAUUGGAAAUCACCGAGAAGUCAUCAGCUUCAAUGUCACCCAACUGUCGGACACGCCUAUAGUAUUAGGCAUGAGUUGGCUGCACAGGCACAGCCCAGCAUUGGCGUGGUACCAGCGACAACUGACCUUCGGCUCCUCAUACUGUGCGGAACAUUGCAUUCUGCCUAGCCCGGAAGGGGAAGAGGAUGACCCGCAGCUACACUUAGGCACGCUGCAAGCAGUGCCACUCAAGUACGCAGCGUUUUUGGAGGUUUUCUGCGAGAAGGAAGCGGACAAGCUACCUCCCCACAGGUCUUAUGACUGCAAGAUUGACCUCCUGCCAGGGGCGACGCUGCCAACCGGGAAACUGUAUUCCAUGUCUGAAGACGAGCUGCAGGAACUCAGGGAGUUCAUAGACCUCAACUUGAAGCGCGGUUUCAUCCAGGAGUCGAAGGCAGUGGGGGCGCAGUCCUGUAUUCUUUGUGAAGAAGAAGGACACGCCCCAAAAAGGCUUGUGGUGGACUAUAGAAUUUUGAACUCGAAAACCAAGCCCACAGCCUUUCCCAUGCCCAAGAUAGAUGACCUGCUCGCAACGGUGAGGAAAGGACGCGUUUUCACAAAGUUGGAUCUGCGAGGGCGUACAACCUGAUUCGCAUACGGGAGGGCGACGAAUGGAAGACUGCCAUGUUCACGCCCCUGGGCACCUAUGAAUACAGAGUUAUGCCCUUUGGAUUACAAAAUGGCUCCCACUGUUUUCAAGCCUUCAUGCAUCACGUAUUGGCGGGUCUCCUCUACAAGAAAUGCGUCUGCUUCCUGGACGACAUCCUGAUAUUUUCAGAAUCAGAGGAGACCCACGAGGGAGACGUCAAGGAAGUUCUGCAGAGACUGCAGGAGCACAGGCUGUACGCCAAGCUGGAGAAGUGCCAGUUCGACAUGAAGGAGGUAGAUUUCCUGGGCUACAAGUUGUCGGACAAGGGGCUCGCCAUGGACAGCGCCAAGGUUCGCUCAGUGUUGGACUGGAAGAGCCCGCGCAAUCGGAAGGAGGUCCAGCGGUUUGUCGGUUUCGCCAACUUUUACCGCAAGUUCAUCAAGGGGUUCGCGAUGCAGACGGCGGCCAUUACCGACACGCUCAGCUCCAAGAAGAAGAAGUUCAUCUGGACGGAGCAAGCGGAGCAGUCCUUUCAGAAACUCAAGCGUCUCUUCUCGUCCGAAGAGCAGCUACUGCAUGUGAAUCCCAGCAGACCGAUGAGGGUUGAAACGGACGCCUCAGACAGAGCCGUGGGAGCAGUACUGUUGCAGCAAGACCCGCAUGGGGACUGGAGACCGUGUGCCUUCUACUCCAGGAAGCUCAGCAAGUCAGAGCAGAACUACACCAUCUGGGACAGGGAGUUGCUGGCCAUUCAUGCAGCAUUCAAGGCGUGGCGGCACUUCCUCAUUGGAGCCAAACACACAGUGCAGGUCCGCACGGACCAUAAAAACCUGGAGUACUGGCGCACGGCAAGGUUCCUGAACCAGAGGCACAUACGAUGGGCGGAGUUCUUUGCGGAUUUCGACUUCAGGAUAGAGUACAUCCCAGGCGACAACAACAUCAUGGCGGAUGCACUGUCCAGAAAGCCGCAAUACCUCGAGGAGGCGGCACCAGCAGCGGCCAAGCACAUUUUCGCACCGAAAGCGUGGGCGUGCGCUUCAGCAACCGUGGACCUGGAUGCUGUACGUCGAGCACUGCAGGAGGACCCCUUCGCGCAAGCAAAGAUGGCAGAGGUGCAAAGGGGCACGGCGGAGGACGACGAGUUCCAGAUACGCGACGGAUUGCUCAUCCGCAGAGGGGCCCUCUACGUACCGGGAGACGACCUCCGCGCGAAAGUACUGCAGCAGUUGCACGACGCACCCACCGCCGGGCACUUUGGCAAAGAGAAGACGGUAGAAUUAGUAGCCAGAGAUUUUGGGUGGCCCAAGAUGCGGGGGGAAGUCGCGGAUUACGUCUCGAGGUGCGACACCUGCCAAAGGGCCAAGUCAGUGCACAAACCGCCGGCGGGACUGCUCGAACCGCUGCAGACACCGCUCGAACCGUGGGAGAGGGUGGCCCUGGACUUUGUCACGGAUCUACCCAGCUCGAGGGGCAAGACGGCAGUGCUAGUGGUGGUGGACAUGUUCACCAAAAUGGCCCACUUCAUUCCGUGCGCGAAGGUGGCCACGGCGGAACAGACCGCCAAACUGUUCAUAGACCACGUGUUCAGGGUUCACGGUCUGCCACGGUCUAUCCUGUCCGACCGGGGCGACAGUUCAUCUCGAACUUCUGGCAGAAGCUGAUGGGUUUCCUGAACGUCAAGAUCAACCUAGCGUCGGCGAGACACCCGCAGACGAACGGACAAGCGGAGCGAGUCAACGCCAUCAUGCAGCAGUACCUGCGAUGCUACGCAAAUCAGCAGCCGGCAACAUGGGUGGACUACCUGCCGCUCGCUGAGUUCGCCUACAACAACACGAAGCACGUGUCCACGGGGGUGACACCGUUCUUCGCCAACAACGGGAGGCAUCCCAGAACCUUCCCGGGAUUAGCGAGAGCGGGGAGGGGAGCCACAGGCAGCGGAAGCCUUAGCAUCAGAGUUGCAGGAGGUUCACGAACAGCUUCGGAGGCAGUUAGAACUAGCAAAGCACGCAUACAAACUGCAGGCUGACAAGCACAGAAGGGUUGGGGAAGACAUACAGGUGGGAGACUGGGUUUGGUUAGCAGCCCAGGCAGUGCCGGCCAGAUCGUUAGCGAAGAAGAAGCUAGGGCAUAAGCAGCUAGGACCCUACCAAGUCGAGGCACAGGUCAAUCCAGUGGCCUUCCGGUUGACACUGCCGGAGGGAUCCAGAAUGCACCCAGUUUUCCAUAGAUCAGUGCUCACGCCCUACAAAGCACCUCAUAGAUUUCAGGAGCCAGGAACGGCACCAGACCCGUUCAGGGAAACGCCCACAAGGGGGAGGUCGCCAAGGCGGGAACCCGUCAACGAAGUCACAGAGAUUUUAGACUCGAGAUGGGGGGAAGAGGGAGUAGAAUAUCUUCUCGCCAGAGAAGGUACCCCGGCCAGCGCCAACAGUUGGGUGCCAGACCAUGCCUUGGACGAACCUUUUCUCAAGGACGAGUUUCAUGCCCUUUUCCCACACAGGCCCAUGCCAGCCGAGUAUUUCGACGACUGGCUUUUCACACCCACAUUUUCAGCUAGCACAUUCCAGGGGUUCACCUCGGACGAGGAACCGGCACUAGAAACACGUUCCCCGGAGGGAUCACCCUCGGGGUCUGCCUCAGACCGUUCCUAUUGGUGGGACAAUCAACCAGAGGAGCAGUGGCGCAGGAAGUGGUUGGGGGGUCCUUGGCAGGCAACGUCCCCGGAGGAGACCGGGGGAGGACCUUGGGUUCGAGCACGGCGGCAAAGAGAUGGAAGCAGAGGAAAUUGAGGUCGGCGAGAGCACGGAGGACGAGCCGGACUUAUCCGGCUGGAUGCACGCCACGGGGGACGACCUGUAUCCGGCACUCACCCCCACACCGACGGCGCACCCUUCACCCACACCUGAAGGAGGGGAGGGGAAGGGGGGCUUCGAGGGGGAUGGAUGUCAGGGGUUCAGGAGCAGAGGCACAGGAAAGGGAGGAAAUAGAGAGCGAGGGGAGGAGUCCGAAGGAAAUGUUAGCGAUGACAGCGGUCCGAGGUCUCUGAGUCUUUCCAGCGAAUCGGAAGAUUCACAGAAAGGGGCUCCCUUGGUCAGAGCAAGGGGGUGCCGAGGGGACACCCCAGGAAGAAGGGGCCAGAGGGGACUCAGAGAGCAGCAGUUGGAAAUCAGGACCAGCGUCCACACCAGAGUGCAGUAGGGGGGGAGGAGUCCCAGGCAUCGGGAUCAGGCGGCGCACUGCCAGUGGGAGGACAUGAGUCAGGAUUGGCCACGCCUCCAUCGGGGAGCGAGGAAACGGUCGAGAGGAAGGUUGAAGGCUGGGCGCGCGCGCCAAGUUCAAAUGUACAGGAGGGAGGCGCAGUUGGCAGCCCGGAUAGGGAGCCAGGUCCCAAAGCCCGCCGAAAAGAGGGGGAGGAGUCAGGGGGGUCAGCGUCAGAAGAAUCCAGGAAGGAAGGGACCCCGGGGGGUAGCAGGACCCAGAGGAGAAAGGAGAGACGUAAGAGGUGGAGUAAGGCUAGAAUCUUAAACUGGUGUACAGGGGCGGAGACUCAGAUGGAGCUUCGCCGAUCUAACCCCUAGACGUAGAGCUGGGGCGCUCCGGCUUGAAAAUGGAAACUGUACUUCAAUAAAGACUUUUGUACAUUACUGCCGGCUAGCGUUGGUCCUCUGUGAGCUGGGAUCUGUUGUAGCCAUUAUAUGCAUUAUAGACAAAUAGUAUGCGUGAAUUAAUCUCAAGACUGAACUGUCUCGGACAACCUCUACUCCGAAUAAUUUUAUUGCACUCUUAUUAUGAUGGCAACUGUUUCCACUUAAGUUUGCACCCAUUUUCCAUCUGCAGUCAAUCCUGAUUUGUUCUGGAAUACUGUUUUUGCCUAAUGCCAUAGAAUUCAUAUUUUGUGCAACACCAUAUUACAAUUUAGGAGGUUAAAUUUGUGUGGAAUUUAGUGUAUAUUUUGUCUAUCAUUUACCAUCUCACAAUUUGGUUUGAGAUGAUUUUGCUUUACAUUCUGCCUUCCUUCCAGUGCAGCCUAGGGUGGAGGAAUGGCAACAGAAACAAAACAUGAAAAAACAACAAGUAAAAGUAGCUAAAAACAUUCCUAUAGCAUUUAGCAUACAGUACAAUCUCUUUGAAAUUGAUAACGUUUUAUGAGAGUAACCAAUUUUAAGUAACAUAAUAACAUAGUAUGCCCAUUAAGUAAAUGUCCUGAAUUUGCAACAAACUGAAAAGCAGCCAAAUAUUACCACCAACUCUGCUGUCUAGCUUAAACUUAAAAUAUUUAUGAUGUGUGCUUGAAAUUGUAUACUCCUGCUCAAUAGUCUUACUUGUUAUAGAGAGUUCAAAAAUAUUUGCUGAUGGUUAGAUUGGUAAACUUGCCUCAGGGUUCAAAUAUUACAACGAGAGCUUGAUUUGAUCUGUGAUCAGUUCAUUCUAACUGAUGGGAGACAAUAUUGAACUUAGUUUUACUCAGGGCAGGACCAUUGAAAUUAAUGAACAUUACUAAGUUGGUCCAUUAAUUUUGCUGGGUCUACUGGGAGUAAAACUUAAAUUGAAUGCCACCCUUAAUGUAAAAACAGGCCUUUCUCAGUGAGGAUAAAAAUAUAAGCAAAAGGAUCAGCAUUUAUGGGCAAAUGCCAGAGCACAGGAUAUUGUAAGAGAUACUGGCAGCUUCCUACUUUUUCCUGUUUUUUGUGGGAUGAGGAAAACAAAAGCUGUUUAGGGAAGUUUUUAAUGUUUGAUGUUUUAUUGUGUUUUUAAUAUUAUGUUGGCCCAGAGUUGGCCCAUAAACUGCCCAGAGUGGCUGUGGAGACCUGGCCAAAUGGGUGUGGUAUAAGUAAUAAAUUACUACUACUACUGCUACUACUAUAAAAACUGCUGGAGCUCCAGUAGGCAAGGCUUUUUCCUCUUCUGACUUUCUGGCAGGUGAAGAACCUGAGUUUUCUUAUAUUCUCGUUUCCUUCAAAAUUUCUGCUUCUCACUCUACAAAACAUUCUGCUUGUGCAGGUAUCUUAAUGCAAUUCAGACAAUGUGCCCACAUAUUCUUCGAUAUCUGACUACAGCAGUAAUAACAAACAAAGAUGUUCGGAAACGUAGGCAAGUGCUGAAAGACUUAGUCAAGGUUAUUCAGCAGGUAAGGCAUACUUUGCUCAUACUGCUAAUUAUAAAAUGCCUACUUCCUAAGUAUGACUGUAUUUGAACAGAGGCUGUGCGCCUUACCAGACUGUUGCUAUUAUGGGGUGGGAUCAGUCACAUGCCAACAAAUUCAUGUUGUGCAAUUAUCACUGAUUAGGAGGUCUGGCACAACAAAACUGCUUCCUCAAAAGAUCAGACUUUUUAUGAUACAAGAAGUAAUGGGAAAAUCCACUGGAAAGUAUGGGAUAGCACUUGAUUUGACGCAAUAGGAUCUAAUCUCUCUGCAAACAAAUCAGGAUGAAUGCUCAGUUAACAAGCACCUGGAAGCACCUAUACCAAGUUGAAACUUUGUUUUUAGUAGCAACAUCAAAAGCUUGUAAGGAGCUUAUUAUAAUAAUUCGGGAUGAGUUCUGUGGUGCUCAUUGGUGCCAAGUUGGGGACUCCAGCAAUAAGUGAUUUUUGAUACAAAUGUUUGGGGGUAUAAUUUGGAGUUACUCACACAACUAUUCUUCACUAUGCAGGAAUCCUAUACCUAUAAGGACCCAAUAACAGAGUUUGUAGAGUGUUUGUAUGUGAACUUCGACUUUGAUGGAGCUCAGAAAAAGCUGAGAGAAUGUGAAUCGGUAAGAGUUUUGUUAAAAGAUUACACUUGUUAAUAACAAAGAGCCUAUAUGUUGGCCACGGAUUCAUUAUAUUGCCCCAAAACAAAAACCUCCAUGUAUUCAUAAUCUCUUGUUUAAAGUGUCAAUUAAUGUUUGAGAGAGCUGGGAAUAUUGGGGAAAUGUGCCGCUACCAGUAACACAGUGGCUUGAGAUGGCUCAGAUCUGGGGCUACAUGAUUAGCAUCCUGCUCAUCUAAUCUUCAACCUCAGCAACCUAACACUAGAUUGUCUGGGGCUAGGUGAGCUGGAAACUUCCUCAGUCUCAUCAGUACAGUGUUUUGAAGGGUAUUUUUACUUCUUUUUCCCAGUGGUCUGUGGGAGAAUUCAAGGGGUUAAUUGAGGUAAGGGUAUGUAUGUUUCAUACUGUGAAUCCACAGUCCUAAUUUUACCUUUCCUUUCAGGAUAUUUUUAAGGGCUUGGCGUUUGUAACUGAGUGAUUGUCAGAGCUUUGGCGUUUUUCUCACCCUUUUAAUUCCUGUAUGGCUUCUUGCAGGUUCUUGUGAAUGAUUUCUUCUUAGUGGCAUGUCUGGAAGACUUCAUUGAGAAUGCUCGUCUCUUUAUAUUUGAGACUUUCUGCCGCAUCCAUCAGUGCAUCAGCAUAAAGUAAGAAAACUAAAAGCUCAGUAGGAAAACUCUCUUAGUUUGGUAACACAUUGUACUUAACGGAUAAUGUCAUGAAGUUGCUUCAAUAGUGGUUGAAUUGUAAGCUAAAAAGAACUAACAGUAUGGCAACAUUCAGCCAUCGUACUAAACCAGGGGUGAUGGCGCCUUGUAACUAGCUUUCAUCCAGGGGUCUGGGUUCUUCCCUCUAGCCCAUAGGGAGCAGCUGAAGGGAUAAAGGGCCUUGAAGUUGUGCAGUUGCAGGUCCUUGUUUUAUUUAAUUGAAUAAUUUGUAUACUACUUCAUGUUUCAAAGAAAUCUCAGUGGUUUGUAUCCUAGAAAUGCCACAAAGAUACAACAAUAACAUUUUAGAUCAGAAGAGUUGCAUGACACCUUAAACACUGAUGUAAUCUGAAACAACGUAUGGGAACCAUAAGAACUACUGUCAGAUCUAAAAUUCAGCAAAGAAACCAGCCCACCCAUCAAAUAUACAAGCAGUAUAUUUCAGAAACAACUGAUUAUACCUUUAAAAAUAACACAGAAAGUUUGACAUCACUGUGGGCUACCUACAGGAGCAGUGAGUUAAAAUUAUUUUAGAUGUUGGAGACUUGUUAAGUGCCUUCAAUGUUCUGAAAAAUUAAUGGAAAGAAAAUCUUGUUCUGUGCCAUUAUGAUCCCAAAGGGUAUCAUUCCGACAAAACUUUUGAAAGUACUAUCUGCUCAUCUUAACUUGCAUGUGUGUGCUUGUUUGUGUCAGUAGGCACAUAUAAGUGGCCCUGACCAGGAAGGGAGAGCAGAGAUUCCCAUGUCUCGUUAAGUGUGGUGCCUUCUACUAAAUAUUUCAGAGCUUUAUUGCAGAAGUCAUAAACCAUACAUCCUGAAAGUUUUCUCUGUCAUCUUCACCAUUAUAGUCAGCCAGUGUGUGAGAGGCUGGACAUGUGAAUUUCAGAUCUUCUCUCAAAAUUGCCACAUCAUGCUGACCUGUUAGGAUCAAACUUAAAAGUGCAGUUCCUCUGCACUAAGUUCCUGGCUUCAGACAAGAGCAGUGAUUGAAGCUAUUAAGUGUAUAUAGACAUGACUAUUGGGGAAGAAAUAUGAAUAAAUCAAUGCAGUUCAGGGAGGAAGUGCGUUUGACUGAGUCUUCUUGCUUGAUUAGUCAUUGUAACCCAAUGGAUGGUACAAUUUGUUUUCAACAACAGUACAGCACCUCAAACCAAAGAGACACAGAUCAAACCUUAAUUUUCAUGCAACCCCACACCUAAAAAUAAGUAGCUCAGUCAAUAUAUUUAAAACUGUUUUCUGAAUAACUAUUGAGGGAGUAUGAGAUAUUUUUCUAAAAUGAGAUAAAAUAAUUAAAACUGAUUAGCAGUUCAGUUUGGAACCUCAAUAUUAGGGACCAGGAUAAAAAUUCGUAAAUAAAUAUGCCUAAUCUGGUUUCAGAGUUACUGUUUCCAUAUGGUCUUUCAUAUUAUUCUUCAGACAACAAAUUUGAAUAUCUGAAGGAGCAAGUAGAAAGAUGUGAGGGCAGUCCUGCCCUUUCAGUGAUACUUUGUGAGCUCACUGGCCAAUGCACAACCACCAUUAGUUUGAUGCAAGAUGUCUCAUGUGUAGGAUUUUAACCUGAGGAGGGGGAAACACUUUUAACAAAUUACUGGGUAGUUGAAGUUCCACGGCUGAGAGAAUAAUCCUGCAAAUUUAAUAACUUAAAAGUAUGUUGUCUUAACACAGGCAGCCAGAAGGCAAAGUAACUAAACUUCAGUAGAAUGUAGACAGAGAUUGCAUUAGGGAAUGAUUAAAACAGAGGUUCCAGUGUAGCAUGUUGGCCAGGUUUCAGGUUAAAAACAGUGAGCAUUUCUGAAGUCCAGCAGCUAGGGGAAUUUUCAAGUUUAUAAUUCUCAAGGAAAUGAAGCACCAAAAAGGAGAGAGCCCAAAACUUAUUAGAAAGCCACAGGAAAUGCCAUCUGCAGAGUGUCUGUUGACAAAGCAGCAGAUCUGGGCUGGCUCUUGUAAAGAAUAAGAAACUGAGAAAACAUUGGACAUAAAGCGACCUCCUUGAGAGAGCGAUCAUAUUGUUACAAACCUAUGUCUGACUCUCAGAUAUUGGGAACAAGUGUUCUGAGGCAACACAUAGAAAUGCCAUCUGCCCAGUGCUUUAUUACUAAUUGAAUUAACAUGAAACCCAUCCCUGCAAUGGUUUACUUUGUCAAAAAGCAGGCAGACAUUUAGCAAAUGAAAAGUAGUGUAGAGAGUCCUUUUAUAGUGUGUGUUGCUGUCCUAAUGAUUAGCUACUUACCUAACCAAAUCUAAUUCCUUCUAAUUUCUGGCCCAUUAUAAUUGGCCUUCUCCUUCAUAAAUUUAAACUAUUGUGACUAGUGUAACAUGGUUUUUAAACAGUGUACAUGAAAUGAUCUAUGAAUCUCUCUCAUUUCUAAAGGGUUGUGUUAUUAGCUGCUCUCAACAUGAAUCAGAUGGACAGUGAAGUGUUUCACACAAUAACAUCAGCUUAUUUCUAUGAAUACCUCUCGGUUGUUUUGUUUUUCUUUUGUAGUGUAAAUGGGCAGAUGAGUCCACAGUGGAUCAAACUUUAUGAAUUGUAAACAGUCGGCCAGUUGUCUCCCUGAUGCUAAAUUUAAAGGGCCUUUAUAUGUGUUAGGAUUAAUUUUAACCUAGAAUAUUCUGUGGUGCAAAAAGGUGUUUUCGCUUUUCUAUGUAUCCCUCUCUUGUUGCUGUCAGCUGUUAGAAUACCAGUGUUUAAAACAGGCUAAAACACUGCAAAAUUUGCAAAGAUGCUGGAAUCAUCAGGCAUAUUAUUUACAAUUAUUUAGCAUGUUCUCUAAUGUUUCAAACUUUAUUAAGUGUAUUUCUUCUUCUUCUUCAGUAUGUUGGCAGAUAAGUUAAAUAUGACCCCUGAAGAAGCUGAGCGAUGGAUUGUGAAUUUAAUUCGGAACGCAAGGCUUGAUGCCAAGAUAGAUUCAAAAUUGGUAGGUUUCCCAUUGCAUUGCACGGCAUAAUCUGAUUUAUUAAGGGGAACUCUUAAAACUCAUUACUAGCUGCAAGAUCUCAUGGCUACAGUAUCCUGCCUAAUUCUGUAUUUUUGUUGGCUUUCCCCCCUGCUGCUGCUGCUGCAUUGAGUAACAUUUAGCCCAGGGAUGGGGAACCUGUUGCAACUCCCUUCAGUAUUUGCCAGCAUGGCAAAUGGUCAAGUAUGAUGGCAGUGGUAGUUCCAUUAUUUGGAAGGCCACGGGUUCCAUGUUUUUGAAAAUGUGGUCACUUAUUUUGUGACAUUUUGGUUGUUCCUAAUACAGUUGUUGCCCAACUGGAUUUUACUGAAGGGCUUUUUGCUGACUCCUGCUAUCUUCUCCCCUCCCCCAUGGCCCUGCAGCUCAGUAUUUUAUACUAAAAUGACCUUUAGCACUUUUUAAAUGAGGAACAAGAGUACACCACUCCAAGAUGCAUGGAAUGGGUGGCUUUAGAUGAAUAUUUUAGAUGUAUACCUGGGUCAUGCAACAAAAUGCUGCUCAGGGUGCCAGGCUCUGCAUUUCAUGAUCUCUGACCAUGCUCAGUUCUUAUUGGGCUGCUUUGUGUUCUCUCCCACCCUGCCCCACCACCUUUGCAGGGCUUUUCCUGAAGUUUUUGGACUUAUGCCAACCUAUAAGUCCCCCCAAGCCUGCUGCUACUUCUGCCUUAUGCAUGGAUGUUGCCAUUUUAGAUACAAUCUCAGAUUGAUGGAUUUGAUUAUUUUGGCCAUAUUUGAUUUGCCUCUAUUAUUAUUUUGUUUUGUGUAGACGCAUUAUGUUUCAGCUUGUUAGUCUGAUCUGAAUUUGCUUAUAAUGUAGUGGGGCAGGGUUUUGAAGCUGGGGGAGGGCAUAGAAGAUCAAGGAUGUGAUAAGUACUUUAUAAUUACUUUCAGCAUGUUCCUAGUCUCACUGUCUCCUCCCACCCCCCAACCCCCCUACAUUCUCAUGUUAGGACUCCCGGCAUUUAAGCAGAGAUUUGGUGACCAAAUCCCCAGGAGAAAGUGUGCUUUUUGUUCACCUGUUUUCAGCUCUUGUCCCAAAUUAAUUGGUACAUUUAGGGAUCGGUUGAGAUGCAGAUCAGAAAUUUGUUGAAGGAUAAAUGCAGUACUAGAAAACUUACAUAUGCCUUGUGUAUGCUAACCAAGUAUAGAAUGGGGUGAGAUGGAUUUUGUAACAUUCGCUAAACAUCAAGAGUAUUAGAAAGUUAACUGCAACCCUGUUCAUCAAUGACGUAAAUAUGAAGGGAAUAAAAUCUCCAUCAAUGUGUAUGCCCAUAAGUUUUCUUCCAUAAGGAAGGCAAAUAAUACCCUGUAAAUUUUGUAUCCCGUACAAAACCUGUUUUCAGCAUUUGAGGCAAUAUUUGUGUAUAUUUUUUGUAGGGCCAUGUUGUUAUGGGAAACAAUGCAGUAUCACCUUAUCAGCAAGUGAUUGAAAAGACCAAAAGCUUGUCUUUCCGGAGUCAGAUGUUAGCUAUGAACAUUGAGAAAAAACUGAACCUAGGCGGUAGGGCUGAGGUAAGUCCAUGUUGUCCUGCCAGUAUAUUAUUAAUUUAAGUAGAAAUCUCCAAAAUGGAAAUUCAUAAAGGAUUACAGUGAGAUGGUUAAAUAUAACUUGCUUGUCUCUAGGGUUGGAAUAUGGAAUAGGUUUAUUUUAUUUAUUUAUUAAAAGACUACUAUACCACUUUUCAUUUAUGGAAAGAAAUACCAAAAUGAUUCAGAGUAAAAAAAAAAAGUGAGAGAGAGAGUAACAAAUCCAGUAGAAGCAAUAAUCAGUACAAAUCACAGAAAGCAGCAUUAAUAAUAUUAAGGGUCAUGGAAAGCCUGCAUGAAGAGGGGUGUUUUCAAUUGGCAACAAACACCCCCUGCAGCCGUUGCUCCCUUGGUCUCUGGGAGAGCAUUCCACAUGGUGGACACCACAACAAAGAAGAAAGUCUAGUGCCCUAAAUUUCUUGAAAGUAGAUUCAUGUAUACACUGCUAAAGUUAUCCACAGCAACGUGUGUUACUCUGACUAAAGCAGAUUUAGAAAUAUUUUCCAAAUAAUUAGUUUUUAUUAGCUUUGAAUGCCAAACACUUUGUGUCCUGACUUUCAAAUUUGCUUCUUCUUUUUAAAGGCACCUAAUUGGGCUACUCAAGACUCUGGCUUCUACUGAAACACUUCUCGGGAAGAAAGACAACUUGAUAAGAACUUUAAUUAUGUACUGUUUUGAAGAGGUGGCAAUUAUGUGGACUUUGCAGCACAUGUUGAUUUGAAUAAAAUUGGCUACUUUUAAUUGACUGGUUGUCUAUCUUUAUAAUUGGAUUUGUAAAAGGUUUUUGUUCAAGGCAGCAAAGCUAGCAAUUCAUGAGAAGCUGUAGAAAUCUAAUUUAAAGUUUAAAGGAAUCGCUUAAACUUCCAAGUACAAUUGCUAAAAAACCCUACGAUCUAAGCUCCCAUUCGAUAUUAUUUUAAUAAAGAAUCAAAUUUGCUGUGUAUGAGCACUAGAUUUAUAUAUACUUGGACAGUGGGUGUGGGUCUUAUUCUUUCCAAGAAUAAAUAGAAAUGGUACCCUUGAUUUAAGACAUCCCUUCAACAGAGAUGUCUGCUGUUCCCUUGUAGCCUGUCUUAUAGAAACCAGUGGCCAACAUCUAAUAUGUUGCAGUUGUCACAAGAGUUUCACAGCAACAGGUAGAAAAAGUAUUAUCAUGAAUCUACAUGUAGAUUACUGUGUGGUGGUGUAUCUUGAAAAGGAAACUGAAAUUAUCAGGGCAAUAAGCAAUGUUUGUUUAUUUACUGCACAGGUAACAGGAUAAAAAUCAAAGGGUGUGAAGAGUGAAUGGGGAUGAGCUACUCUUUCAAGGAAGUCUAUACAACCUGUGUAAUUGUUCUUCUAUAUAGUCUAUAAUGACUACUACCAUAAGCUGCUGAUUUUCGUGCAAUGGGACUUGCAUUAAGAAAUGAGCUUUCCCCAGGAUCUAUAUUAGGGGCAUGUGUUUUUUUUAACUUCAUAAAUUAUCUGGAGUUGGAGGGGAACAGUACGGUGGCCACAUUUGCAAAGGAUGCUGAAUUAUUCAGGAUAAUGUAAACUUUCGAAUGAAAGCUCUCUCUCUCUCUCUCUCUCUCUCUAUAUAUAUGGGCAACAAAACAACAAAGGUAGUUCAAUUGUGGUAAAGUGAUUUGCACAGCUGCACUCCCUUAACACACACACUGAUGGGGUUUGAAUUGUUGAUAGCUAGCCAAGGGAAUACCUUGGGGAUAGCUCACUGAAAAUAGUGCAUGACAGCUGUGAAAGACUAAUUCUUAGCUGGGGGUUUCUUUUUACAGUGGUAGCCUUGCCAGGCAAACUAUAAUGUUGGUUUUAAACGUUUUAAGGUAUUUUAACCAUUGUUCUUAACUAUCGUGUUUUUAUGACUCUGUAUUUUGAAGUGGUGUUUUUGGAUGUUGUAAGCUGCCUUGAAUUUGAGAGAAAGGUGGGGUAUAAAUACAAACAUUAAUAAAGUUGUGGGACUCUAAGCUUGCCUCGGCUCCAGCCAGCAAGGCCAGCUAAGCAAGAUAAUGGUAGCUGUACUCUCAACUGGAAGAUCACAGGAUAGCCACCCUGAUUUCAUAAGGAAAGAUAUCGGAUUAGUGGACUGCCCAUCCAUUAUACAACAGUAGUAGGGAACAUGUUGCCCUCCAGAUGUUACUGGCUUAUAGCUCUCAUAACCCCUAACCACACUGGUGGGGAGUCGCAGAGUUGGAAGUGCAAUAGCACCUGCAGGACCACAACUUCCCCACUCUUGCUAUACAGCUAGUGCCUUUGUAUUUCUUACAGUUAUUCUGUUAGCCAUAUCUUAACAAGAAUAUUUCAGGUUUCAGGUUUUAAUAGUUGUUAAUCUUUCCCUUCAUAUUCAGGUAGGUAGCUGUGUUGGUCUGACACAGUCAAAAUAAAAAUUGUCCAGUGGCACCUUGGAGACCAGCUAAGUUUGUUCUGGGUAUAAGCUUUCAUGUUCUGGGUAUAAGCUUUUGUGUGCAUGCACACUUCUUGAAAUGAAACUCAACAUGCACUGAAAGCACACUGUAGGAACCACGUAGCUGAUUUUAAACUGUAAUAAUAAUAAUAAUAAUAAUAAUAUCCACUUGGGAGUUGAAAGUUCUUUAAAAGGUCAGAGAAAAUAAAAGGUGACACAUGGUAAGAUGGAAAGGUGAGCCAUGUUCCAGGUUAAACCUUCUAGAAAAGGAAAGUAUGCAUACCUGAGUGAGAAUACUGCUAUGGAUCAGUUACUCUCACUUCUUAAAAAGCAGCUUGUUUCUUUGGGGCUGUGAUCUGCUGCAGCUAAACAAGCUCUAGCCAUGUCUGUGGCUCCUCUCCCUGCACACAGAUGUCCAUUCUUUGGAUCCAGGCCUAUUAUAUAACUGCCAAAUAAGCAUUAAAGCAACUUGGAUUGCGUAAUUUUCACAUUACUGCUUGAUUGUAGUCAACAAAAGCGCUCUUGUGUAAUAAUUUAAAGAUUCUUUUUUUCCCCCUUUUAAAAAUGAGAUUAAAGUGGAAUGCUGUUGUAAACACUGCGAGAAGCUGCCAACAUACUUUCCCUAUCAAAAAGCGGCUCAUUUCUAAAAAUACCACUCUGUAAUGCUGACCUUUUUUAUUAUUUAAGAAAACAGGUUUGAGUUAUUCCAUUUUAAUAAAGGAUGUAGAAUAUUUCC